UCUCUUAUUAUUUUCUUUUCAGUCUUUCUCCCACAUUUUUCGCUUUUUCUUUUUUUUUUGUCUCUAGAUUUUCGUUUCUGUUCUUCGCCCCUUGCUUCAAAUCUUGAGCUGUACAUUGAAAAACCCAACGAAAUUGGAGAAGCAGUUGAAAAUUACAAACAUGUCGAGAUUCAGAGAUCGAACUGAAGAUUUCAAAGACGCUGUACGGCACACAGCAAUUUCAUCAGGUUACAACAAGUCUAAAUUGGCAGCCAUUAUGGCAUCUUUCAUAAUCCAUAAACCAUGGCAAACGACUCCGUUCACUAAAUCUGCACUCAAGACGCUAGAGAGUAUUGGAGCUUUAGAUCAGUUCAUGUCGAAGCACCGGAAAGAUUAUGUGGAUCUUCACCGGACGACGGAGCAAGAGAAGGACAGCAUUGAACAAGAAGUUACUGCUUUUAUUAAAGCUUGCAAGGAUCAAAUUGAUGUUCUCAAAAAUAGCAUAAACGAUGAAGAGGCAACCUCAAAGGGCUGGCUUGGCAUCAGGGAUACCUCAAAUGCUGAUACCAUAGCACACAAACAUGGAGUGGUUCUAAUUUUAAGUGAGAAACUUCAUUCAGUGACAGCACAGUUUGAUCAGCUGAGAGCUAUCCGCUUCCAAGAUGCUAUCAAUAGAGCAACACCAAGAAGAAAACUUAAGAGGGUUGUUGAUUCGAAUUCUCUGGAUACCUCUAAACCAGUCAAUUUGGACCUCAGAGAGACCAAUGAGCUUCAACCUGAAUCUCUUAGAGUCCAACAGGAAUUGCUGGACAAUGAAACCCGUGCCCUUCAGGUUGAGUUGACUAGUCUUCUAGAUGCUGUUCAAGAAACGGAAACUAAGAUGGUGGAGAUGUCUGCACUGAAUCACCUCAUGUCCACGCAUGUUCUGCAACAAGCUCAACAGAUAGAACAUCUCUAUGACCAGGCAGUUGAAGCCACAAAAAAUGUAGAACUCGGUAACAAAGAGCUUUCUCAAGCUAUCCAACGGAAUAGCAGCAGCAGGACCUUUCUUUUGCUUUUUCUAUUUGUACUUACCUUUUCAAUCUUGUUUCUUGACUGGUAUAAUUAAAAAUAUAGUAGUUCUUUC